GUGAUACCAGUUUCAAACAUACGAAUUCAGUAAACUACAAAAGGGACAAAACGCUGGCGUUGCGGUGUCUGCUUGCAACGAGUCCCGACGGAUAAGAACUGGGCCGACCUCCUCUUGAUUGAAUUGAGUGAUCUGCAUUAUAUCACGCUAAUUUGUAGCUGAUAGAGAGAUGAGGUCUGCGCUGCUCAAGCCGAGCACUCGGCUGCAUGCUGGCGCUCGCCCAGUCCUGGGCGCCCGCUUGGGCGUUGCGCCGAAGCAUCAAAACAUUUUGGUGAUCGCUAAUGCUGCUCCUGCCGAGGGCGCGUCUGGCGUGGCCGUUGCCGAUUCCCCUGCUCAAGCCACACAUGAGCAUGCGCCCGUCGCCAGCGAGCCUGUUGCCAAUGGCGCGGCUCCAGAGGCAGGUGCCAAGAAUCAGCGCAAGAGUGGAAAGAAAGGCGAGCGGAAGAACGACAAACCCUCCGCUCGUCAGGUUAUUGAGGCGAGGCUGGAGUCGCUUCUCGCAGGAGAGGCUGUGGGCAUGUCCAUGGCUGCCACUACCUCGGACGUGGCUGUGGGUUUCCGCGGCCUGCGCCCCCUGUCCGACGAGCUCCGCCGCAAGCAGCAGACGCUGCUGUUCUUCCCCUCGACCGCCCUGCAGCAACAGAAGCAGCCACAGCAAGAGGAGGCGGCGCCAGCCGAUGCCGGCGCCGCUGCCGAUGCCGCUGCGCCGGAGGCGAACGGCGCGGCUGCUGAGGCUGGGUCGGACGCCGCAGCUGCCAGCCCCGCGCGGAACCUGGAGCUUGCGUUGGUUUCGGUGCCGCGGUUCCGCGCGCCCACAGCCGACGUGACGCUGCGUGUUGGCGCCAGGUCGGACGUGGGCACGAUGUCGCGUAUGCUCACGCGCGCGCUCAUCCAGUCGUCCGCAGUGGCCAUCCACGCCGCCGCCCGCCGCAACCUGUCCUCCUCCAAGCAGGUAGACCUGGCGUUCACGCUGGAGUACCUGCGUGUGCCAGCAACCACCGCCGGCCCCAAUGCCGCCGCCGCCGCGCCGGAGGCGGCCGCUGCCGUGCCGGAGGCCGCUGCCGCCGCUGCCGCCGCUGCCGAGCCGGCCCCGGCCGCUGCCGAGGCCCAGCCGGCUGAGGCGGGCAAGGAGGGCAAGGCGGAGGGCCCCAUGACCUCCAUCCUUCAGUUCAGCUUCUACAAGCGCGCGCUGCCCACACCCGAGGUGGUGGUGGCGGACUUCGCCGCUGUGCGCGCCGCCCGCCCGCUGACCCAGCUGCUGGUGUCGCUGCUCGCUGAGCGGCGCGAGGUGGAGCUGGUGCUGGCCAGCCGCGACGCCGUGUUCGCCAUGCAGGCCCUGGCGCGGGCGGUGCGCGAGUGCUGGGCCACCAACAAGGCCUCCGUGGGCGUGUUCCUCACCUCUCUGGAGACGGACGCCUCCGUGUCGGACGCCGACGCCGCCACGCCCACCGGCCUGGCCCCCGCCGGCCCCGGCACGCGCCCGUACACCGCCCGCCUGCAGCUGCGCCGCAUCCCCGGCGCGCCCAACCUGGUUGCGGCCAGUGGCGGCGGCCGGCAGCGACAGUCACUGCUGGGGGCGCCGCUGGGCGAUGUGAAGCGCGACACGCCCAUCACCGGGCUGGCCGCGGCCAUGAACCGCGAGCUGGACUCGGCCGGCGUCUACUCGGUGCUGCCGCAGGAGGGUGUGUGUGUGGCGCGUGCGCUGCUGGCGCUGUGGGAGGCCCAGCGCACUCGCGGCGCCGCCUACCGCGCCAACGCGCCCGCCGCCGCCGGCACCGCCUCCGACGCCUCAGACCCCGAGGCGCCGCCGGCGUCGUCGCUGCUGCAGAUCGCGAUUGUGCCAGAGACGCAGAUGGAGGGCGGCGCCGCGGCGCCGGCGGAGGCGCCCGGCACGCAGCAGGGCGGCGGCGGCGGCGAGAGCGACCAGGAGGGCGGCGAGGGCGGCGCGGCGGGCGCCCGCCGCCGCCGCGGUGCGGGCAUGCGCGCGACUGUGCUGCACAUGGUGGAGGUGACGCCCGUGCUGGCUAGCACUCUGCGCAUCAAGGACGGCGCCGUGGUGCCCAUCACCGGCGGGGAGCAGCUGGCGCAGCUGAGCAAGGCGGUGGUGCUGCGCAACCGCAUGUACGGCGGCCGCCGCGACGCCACGGCUCUGGUGAUGACGCCCCUGCUUGACGACGCCGGCGCACUGGCCGUCAAGAUGCAGUACGUGCCCGCCGCCCGCAUCGCCGACCUGCCGCCGCCGCCGCCGCCGCGCGGCACCGCCGCCUCCGAGGGCGCCACCGAGGAGGAGGCCCUGGUCACCGCCGGCGGCGAGGCCGGCGCCGGCGCCGUAGGCAGCGGCAUCGCCGCCACCCGACCCAGCAGCACCGGCAGCAUCGCCGCCGCCGCCGCGGCGGCCGCUGCCGCGCGGUUCUUCUCCGACCCCUCGCCGCCGGCGGCGGACGCGUUUGCUGCUGGCUACAUGACUGAUGAUGAGUACGGCAUCGGCGCUGAGGGAGGCGCCUUCAUCCCCGGGCCGAUGGCGCUGGCUGAGGAGGAGGCGGCGAAGCCCGCCAAGGCCGAGGCCACGCCGGCCAAAGCCGAGGCGAAGCCGUCUGUGCCUGCGGCGGCGGCUGGCGGCGCUGACUCGGACAAGCCCAAGAGCCCCUGGGUGCUGUACGUGAGCGCGCGCACCGCCAGCCUCAACCUGGCCAUGUCCAUUGUCGCCGAGACGUGCAAGCCCUGGGACCGGCUGUCUCCCGCCUGGUUGCGUGUGCCCUGCAAGCAGGACAUCCUGGCCACGGCCGGUCUGGCGGUGGCCAUGGCGCAGGCGCAGGUGCAGGAGCGCGCCGACGUGACGCUGCAGGUUGUGCCUGUGCUGGAGCGCCGCCGCGAUGAGCGCGGCCGCCCUGGCAACUACCUCACCUGGCGCCUCAUCAAGGCCGGGCCAGGCGCCGAGCCCGGCGCCGCGGCUGCCGCCGCGGCGGCACGCGCCAGUAAGGGCGCCGCCCGCAAGUCCGGCGGCCGCGCCGCCAACUCCAACCGCAACGGCGCCGCCGCUGCCGGAGACAAGGACGUGCCCGUGGGUCCCUCGCCCGCCGCGAUGGCGGCGGCCGCCGCCGCCGCAGCCAAGGCGCUCGCGGAUAACGACAAGAUUGCCAAGGGCCGGCUCUGGUAAAUUGAUGCGGCGAUGAAUGUUGCUUGGCUGACGGGCUGCAGAGCCGUUAGUAUGGGUGAUCAGGCGGUGGCUGCGUUGUGUUGGUGUGGAAACGGGGGUUGAGCCAUUGAGCCCCCGGGAUUGGGUUGUGGGCUUCGGGGCUCAGAAGAAGACGUAGGCAACAGACAGUACAUUACAUAAGCGUCGGGAUGGCUUGCACUGGCAACUUGGAUGCAUGGGAGCAUGCUUGCAAGUUCCGGGUUUAGCCCUGAGAGAGACAAGAUAAGAUGGGUUACACCGUUACGAGUGGAGGCCGCCUAGCUGCCUCGUAAUUUUGCUGUAUCGACGCCGUAUGCAUGAAUUCUAUUGCUGCACUGGUGCGCGCACAGACAUCGGGCAUGAUGCAGUUUUGGUGGGUGGCGCUUAUAGAGCAGCAAAUACAGCAGGGUGACGUCAGGACAAAAAGCGUGGUAGGCGGCGGUGUGCGUACGGCACAUCUGCAAACUGCUGUCUGUUGAUGACUCGCACGAUUCAAAGCAUCGGCUUCCCAGGUUUUGACCGCGCAUGAACCUCGUAACAUUCAUGUGUAAGCCUGCGUGUCU